AUGAGUACCGAAGAAUAUGUGCAGAAAAUAAGGAGUUUGCUGUCUGACACAAAUGUAUACAAGCCAGUGUCAUAUAAUCCAACGGCCAGAGUUACUCGGCGCAUUCGAAUUUUGAUCCACGAAUACAAAGAUGUCUUCACGGAGGACGAGUACAAUUUUCUACACAAACCCAAACCUGUGCAACCCCCUAAGUUAUAUGGUCUGCCUAAAAUUCACAAAAGGAACAUUCCUCUGAGGCCCAUUGUGAGUCAGAUUGACUCUCCGACAUACAACUUGGCUAAACAUGUUGCUGGAGUGCUGCGACCAUUAGUUGGGAAAACACCGUCUUUCGUGAAGGAUUCGGUCCAUUUCAGGGACAUAGUGAAGAGUAUGAGGUUGGAACCCGGAGAUACCAUGGUGAGUUUCGACGUUGAGUCACUUUUUACUAACGUUCCAGUCAAAGAUUGCAUCGAGGUGAUUAAAAACAAGCUGUGUGAUCAUGAGUUGCCUAAGGAAUAUAUUGUUCUCAUUGAACACUGUUUGGACGGUAAUUACCUUCUCUUCAGAGAUCAGUACUACCUCCAGAUCGAUGGCGUUGCAAUGGGUAGCCCCCUGGCACCGAUAAUUGCAAAUAUCUGGAUGGAGCACUUUGAAUACCUAGCUUUAGCUACUGGACCAUGUACUGUGAAGCUUUGGAAGAGGUACGUUGAUGAUGUUUUUUGCAUUAUUAAUGGGGGUCAACAGAAAAUAGAACAGUAUGUUAAUUACCUUAAUUCAAUCCAUCCAGAAAUAAAGUUCACCUACGAGAUGGAGAAAAACAGAUGCCUCGCAUUUUUGGAUUUGGAGAUCAAAGUGAAGGAGGAUGGUACAUUGUCCCACACUGUGUACAGAAAAGCUACACACACUGACAGAUAUCUACACGCAUCUUCUCACCAUCAUCCUCGGCAUCUUCAAUCUGUUAUAUCAUCACUAACAAACAGAGCUCAUAACCUUUGUGACCCUGAACAUUUACCCAAGGAGCUAACACAUGUUCAGGAGGUACUUAGACGGAACGGAUAUAAGGUGUCGAGGGGAUUGAGAAGGUGGAAGGAGAAAACGAGGUAUCCGGAGGUGAGCCGUCAAGCAGCAUUUUUACCAUACGUCAAAGGCGUAACGGACAAAAUUGGAACAGAGCUGAGGAAAUACUCCAUUAAGACUGUGUAUACUCCAUUACGUAAAAUAUCACAAUUACCUACUAGGGCUGAUUGA